CAAACAAAACCUAAUCUAUUUAUUUCGCUUAACCAAGAGCUAAUAAGUUUAACUAUAAAUUAUUAAGUCGUAAAUAUAAACACACUACUAUACGUACUUCGUUCGUCGCGUCUAACUGAAGCAGCAGCCGCAGAGCAAACAGUUUGCUUCAGCAUGCAUAAGCAACGUUUGCUUCUAGGUUUAAUUCUAUGGUGCCUUAGCGUUCCCAGCUAUACGCUACGCAUACCGGAGGAUCUCGAGAGUGGCGCCAUCAAUGCGCUGCGCUCGGAACGUGCGCGCUCUGUCAAGCCUUGCGGCCAAAGCGAGGACAGCGAUGCCAACGCCACCGAUGACUAUGAUGUCUGCCCGCCGAGCAAGUAUCGCCAGCCCACAGCUGAGUGCAACAAUGUGUCGCAUCGCAAGUGGGGCGCCCGUGGUGAUGUGUUCCAGCGUCUGCUGCAAGCCGACUACGCGGAUGGUGUAAGCCAGCCGCGCAGCUCUAAGGGCACACACGCCUUGCCCGAUGCUGAGCUUAUUGUGGAGCAGCUGCAGCGCCAUGUGCAGAGCGAGCUGCGUCACGAUCACAUAACUGCUAUGCUGCCUGCCUGGGGACAACUGCUAGCCAACGAUCUGUACGAGGUGGCGCAGCUGCCCAUUGACGGCAAGUGCUGCCAACGCGAGGCCAAUAUCAAGGAUCCCAGUGAGCUUCAGCAGUGCUUUGUGCGCGCUGGAGAUGAUUGCAAGGAAUACAAGCGGUCCGCGCCAGGCUUUGACAGCGAAGUCUGCCAGAAACACGUGCGCGAGCAGAUGAACGUUGCCUCGGCUUACAUUGACGGUUCAGGCUUGUAUGGCUCGACACGCCAUGAGUUCGAUCAGCUGCGUACCUACAUCAGCGGUGGCGUCAAGGUGGAAUCCUGUCGUCAUUGCCAAGAGGCUGGCGCUACCGGUGCACUGCAUCGUGCGCUGUUGCAACAGCAUAACAACAUUGGCGAGCAGCUUGCGCAUAUGAAUCCAGACUGGUCCGAGGAGGAUGUCUUCUUGGAGGUCAGACGCAUCAUUACCGCCACCAUACAGCACAUCACCUACAACGAAUUCUUGCCAUUGGUGCUGGGUCAGGAGACAACCGCCAAAGAGAGCCUCAGACUGACUGCCGAGAAGCACUCGUCGAACUAUUCCAGCUCCAUACGCGCGGGCAUCUACAAUGAGUUUGCCACCAGCGCCAUGCCAGCCUUCUGGAGCAUGUACCCACCUGAGAUGCUAUCCGAGAAACGUUCCGCCGACGAGCUGCUGUCAAUUGCAGCGCUGCAAAAGUCGCUGGUGCCCAGCCAGACGAAUGACGAGGGCUGGUCCGAGCUCGCGUUAGCAGUGCAUCGUGGUCGUGAUCAUGGCAUUGCCUCCUAUGUGCAUGCGCUGGACAUUUGCGAGCGUCGCUAUGCGCAGAACGCUGGCGUCAAUGUGACCUUUGACAAUCUGGCGCAGCUUUCCAAAAUACCCGAGGAGCAUGUAACCAAUUUGCGUGACAUUUACCAAAACGCUGAUGAUAUUGAUCUGCUCGUGGGCGCCUUGCUAGAGGAUGCUGCUGUGGGUGCUAUCUUUGGUCCCACUAUUACCUGCCUGCUGACGCAGCAGUUCGAGCUGCUUAAGCAAACCGAUCGCUUCUGGUAUGAGAACGAGAUUCCACCCUCCUCCUUCAGUCUUGAGCAGCUGAAGAGCAUUCGCCAGACCACACUCUCCGGCCUGCUCUGCGGCUCCAACCAAGUGUCGACAGCGCAGUCCAAGGCUUUUAUUCGUGAGGACAACUAUCUCAAUUCUAUUUUGGACUGCUCUCAACUGCCAAAGUUCGAGCUGCGCCCUUGGAAGAUCAAUGCUGAGGAACAAAUCGAACUGGAGCAUGUUGAGGUUGAGCCUGACACCAAGGAAGCUAUGAAAGAACUGAGCCCUGAACUUAUUGAGGCUGCUGUAGAGCGCGCCAAGCAGGAACUGCAGGAGCGCAAGCGUUUCGAGUACGAAGUGUGGAGGGAGCAGGGCGGCAUUAGCGCGCGUUCUCCUGACGGCACUGCUGCCUCUUUCAGCAAAGCCAACAUGGCUGCCUUGCAGCUGGCCAACUCUUCGCUCAUCUUCGAGCUGGCCUCCAAUGAAAUACUCAAAUCACUGAACACCAUUACACGUCGCAAGCGUCAGAUCUUCAAUCCCAAUCAGCAUCCUUUCAAUCGCAAUGAGCUCACCGAUUCGCUUUCUACAGUGGACAUUAGCGCACUGAUUGGCGGCAGCUCUGACGAUAUUGAUCAUUGCCCAGAUCCACAGACGGCCUGCGAUGCCAACACACCUUUCCGCACAAUUUCGGGACGUUGCAACAAUCUGCGCAAUCCCAACUGGGGCAAGGCGCUCACAACAUUCUCGCGUCUGCUGCCAGCUCAGUAUGAGGAUGGCAUUUCAGCUCCAAGAGUGACAGGUGUGACAGGCUCACCAUUGCCCAAUCCCCGCACCAUCUCGACCACCAUACAUCCAGAUAUAUCCAAUCUGCAUACACGCUACUCAUUGAUGACGAUGCAGUUUGCACAGUUCGUGGAUCACGACUUGACGCUAACGCCCAUACACAAGGGUUUCCAUGAAUCCAUACCCAGCUGUCGUUCCUGCAACUCGCGCCAGACCGUGCAUCCCGAGUGCAAUCCCUUCCCCGUGCCCAGCGGUGACUUCUUCUAUCCCGAGGUGAAUGUGACCAGCGGCGAGCGUCUGUGCUUCCCCUCAAUGAGAUCGCUGCCUGGCCAACAGACGCUGGGUCCACGUGAUCAGGUCAAUCAGAACACUCACUUCCUGGAUGGCUCUAUGAUCUAUGGCGAGACCAAUUGCUUGUCCAACAAACUGCGCGGCUUCUCUGGCCGCCUCAACAGCACCGUCCAUCCCAUACGCGGCAAGGAGCUGCUGCCCCAGACUGCCACACAUCCCGAGUGCAAGUCUCGCAACGGUCUCUGCUUCUAUGCGGGCGAUGAUCGUGCCUCCGAGCAGCCAGGUCUGACUGCCAUCCACACCACUUUCCUGCGCGAGCACAAUCGCAUUGUUGAGGGUCUGCGUGGCGUCAAUCCCCACUGGAAUGGCGAUCAGCUUUUCCAUCAUGCGCGUCGCAUUGUCAGCGCUCAGAUUCAGCAUGUGGUCUUCAACGAGUUCUUGCCACGCAUUCUCAGCUGGAAUGCUGUCAAUCUCUAUGGCCUCAAGCUGCUGCCACAAGGCUACUACAAGGACUACAAUCCAUCUUGCAGUCCCAUUGUGUUCAACGAAUUUGCCGCCGCCGCCUUCCGCAUUGGCCACUCGCUGCUGCGUCCACACAUUCCACGCCUGAGUAUUCAGCAUCAGCCCGUGGAUCCACCACUGCUGCUGCGCGAUGGCUUCUUCCGCAUGGAUGUCAUGUUGCAGCCUGGCAUCACAGAUGAGAUCAUGCGUGGUCUGGUGGCCACACCUAUGGAAACCUUGGAUCAGUUCAUCACCGGCGAGGUGACCAAUCAUUUGUUCGAAGAUCGCAAGAUUCCCUUCUCUGGCAUUGAUCUGAUUGCUCUCAAUGUGCAGCGUGCUCGUGAUCAUGGCGUGCCCUCUUAUAAUAACUAUCGUGCUCUCUGCAACUUGAAACGUGCCACUACCUGGAACGAUCUGAGCCGUGAAAUACCCACCGAAGUUAUUAGUCGCUUCCAGAAGGUUUAUGCCAGCGUUGACGACAUUGAUCUGUUCCCUGGUGCCAUGACAGAGCGUCCACUGCAGGGCGGUCUCGUUGGUCCCACACUUGCCUGCAUUAUUGGCAUUCAGUUCAGACAGCUACGCAAAUGCGAUCGCUUCUGGUAUGAGAAUCAGAAUCCUGAAGUCAAAUUCACCGAAGCUCAGCUGGCUGAGAUACGUAAGGUUACGCUGGCCAAGAUUGCUUGCGAGAAUCUGGAGGUGCCCGGAGAUAUGCAGCGUGCAGCUUUUGAUUUGCCCAGCAACUUCCUCAAUCCACGUGUGCCCUGCCAGUCGAUGCCCCAAAUCGAUUUGAAUGCCUGGCGCGAGAAUGUGCAAGGCUGUCAGAUUGGCAGCCGCAAUGUGCGUGUGGGCGAAUCUGCUUUCCCAUCACCCUGCACCAGCUGCGUUUGCACCGCUGAAGGCGCUCAAUGCGCCUCGCUGCGCAUCACCGAUUGUGGUCAGCUUAUUCGCCAGUGGCCCAAGGAUGCCAUUCUACGCGAUGAGGUGUGCAACUCACAGUGCGGCAUCUACUUGACUGGUCAACAGGCAGCCGGCUUUAGUCCUCAGCAGCGUGCGGGUCAGAGCCAGCCACGUGUAACGCGUUCCCGCAAUCAGAAUCUCUUCAAGUUCCCCGACUUGACGCCGUUCAUUGCGUCGUUGUAAGCGCCGCCACUAUUGUAAAGAAAGCAGGCUUUCGUAUCUUACUUUUCAUUUGCUUAUGGCAUAUGUUAUCAAAUAUUUCCUAACUACUCCUUAAAUUCAUCGAGAGCCCAAGAGCUACAGCUAUAUGUAAACUGUUCCACACUCUAGGAAAUUAAAUGCGCUGCUCCAUGUAUCUUUAAAUAAAACUAAAAACAAUAAGCAAUCUUAUUUAGGCAGCAUCCAAAUAAGUAAUUCUAUUGUUAGUUAAGUAACAACUAAUCCAUUAGCAUUUUUUAUGUAUGUAAUGUAUUUUUUACCUAAACCAUAUGUACAAUAAAAAUAUGACAAA